AGAAGAGGUUCUAUGUAGUUUUUGUUUCGGUGGCGUGGAUUUCGAGAGUAGAUAUUUGUGUUCGAAGGAGCGCGACGGUUGUGGCUGGCUGAGCUUGAGUAUCGCCCCUUGUAGCGACGCUCCGGUCGAGCUGAAGCUAGCUAGCAAGUCAUCCCGAUGACGUUGGAAUUGCCACCCUCCUUUCCUUAUAUAAUGUGUCUUCCUGCUCACGACCUGUCACCAAACAACAACCUGCCUAACUUAAUUGAUUACUUGUCUUGUCCAUCUCUCCUCACUCACCCACGAGCCUACUUCCUACACACCUCGCACUCAACCCGCGAACCAACCAUUCAAAAUGCCUAUCCCAAUCCCCCCCGCCCUUAUGGACGACACCACCCAGUCCUCGCUCGCCACCGAGCACAACACUACCUCCACCUCCACCAACACCACAAACCCAAGCUUUUCCUCGUCAUCGUCAUCGACCUCGCAAUCCGACAACGACAGACCACUGAGCAAGGAGGAAGCCGACCGGUUAUACGAAGAGAGAAUGGAGGAAGAGUACGCGAAGCGCGAGGGAGAAAUGUAUAGUUAUACCGGUCUUGUUGUCUUCGCCCUUAUACUUCAGACCCUAGCAACCGUCUCGCCAGACCCAAGCGACGAACCAUCGCCUCGACCAGACCUCCGUGAACCCAGAGCAAAUCUAGCUACGCAGACCAUCACUAUCCCGGAGAUCCAUUUCCCAACGUCCGUUGAGUCGGUGCUCAGAACGGCACUCCCGACAUCCUAUCUCUCCCAGUUGACCGACCCGUCCGCUCGGGCGUCUAUCAUCAGCGAGAUUCGAGACGGUCUUCGCCCUGAGUGGUAUAGUACGCUGCCUGCGGAUGUGAAGCACUUCUUUUCUACGGCUUACACGGCUGCUGAUCUGUGCCAUAAGAAGUCCCGUGGUGGAGUGCCUGCACCUGCACUGACUGACCUGGGGCCUAAGGCGAUGGGUGUCGCUGCGGUCAUGGGCGUGGUGAACGCUCUUUAA